UGAGCUUGAGCCUCCUGCCCACAAGAGAGGAAAGCCCGGGAUCGAGAGGGAGGACUCUAACCGGUGUCGUGCCUUCUAAUCACAACAAAUCCAACACGUUAAUUUGGUUCACCUUAAGUGGUCAUGUUCGUGUCCGAACUCUGCAUCUCAACCACUUUUAUCCACCGAGACCGAUCUUAUGUAGGUACAAGAAUACAUUGAAGAUGAGGAGGAACCACCUUUGCCGCUCAGCGAUUUUUCUUGUCACGGUGUUUGGUUAUUGCAGAACUGCAGCAGUGCAGUGUCAGUGGGGAGGAGAAGGGUGCGUGUGUCUUGAAUGCCCCGCCGGCCAAGAGCCUUCUCGACCUUGUGGGAAAAUUCACAGUCAGGCAGAAGAAAUGCAGUGUCGUCCAUGCCGAACAGGAACCUUUUCAGACUUGUUAGACUCUGAAUUGUGUCAUCUACACUCCUCCUGCAAGCUUCUCGGGCGAAAACUCAUAUCUCCCGGCACUGUAAACUCCGAUGCUGUGUGUGGGGACUGUCUGCCUGGAUUAAACUUCAAAGGUAGAGUGGGAAGUUAUUCAACGAAAAACCCCUGUGAAAACAUGACUGUGCACAGCAGAAGCGUACGCACAGUGGGGCAAGACUUGAUAAGUGGCGCUGGAGGUCCAGCCAAUGACACCGUUGUGCGCAGCACUGAGGAGAAUAUGGCCGAGUAUGCUGUCUUCGCCUUGGUGCCUAUCUUCUGUGUGACGGGCCUGCUGGGUAUCGUGAUUUGCAACUUCUUAAAGAAGAAAGGAUUCCGCUGCAAUGCUGAGAAGGAUGGGGUUGAUGCAGAGGCAGCCACACCUCAGAGAGAAGGUAAUAAUUACGAUGACCUAAAUGAAGACACCAUCGGUAUUCUUGUUCGCCUAAUUACUGAGAAAAAAGAAAAUGCUGCUGCAUUAGAAGAACUAUUGCAGGAAUAUGAGAGCAAACAGAUGGCCCUGAGCAAAGUCUCAUCAGUCAAGUUCCCAAUGCUGCCUCCCUUGUCCUCAUUCUGCUCCCUCCCCAGACUUUGCCCUCAUCAGUCGCACCUUCACACCAUCUCUGGCCUCUCCGAUUUGGGACCAAAUCACGGCUACCGUUGCUCCCGUUGUGCUCAGAACAAAUGGCCCGCUGUGCUCAUACCGCCUCUGGAUUCCCUUAAAGAUCCUCUGAAACCCACGCAGACCCUAUUUCCCACCCUGAAAACAUCCACUGAGCAAAAGAGGGACCCCCUGCUGCCAGGAAUGUGCGUUAACACUCAGCGUACACAACCCCCGGUGCCAAAUACUGUGCAGGAGACCGUAAAGGGCAAUGAGGGAAAGGAAUGGACAGAGUUGAAAGUUCUGUCUGUGGGAAGAUUUCAAGUGGCUCAGAUCCCUGAAUAUAAACCGGUCAUAGAGGAAACAAGGACGCCAUCCCAUGAGCAACGUGAAUCCUUUUUUGGUGGGAUUCAAUUUUCGUCCUCUUCAUUAGCGGGUCUCAUAAGGUACGACAACAGAUUGUCAUCGUGAUCCUCUCUUGUCGACCAAUUUUUGUCUGUAAAAAAUGUUUGCGGCGUGACACCAACGUAUAACCACUGCGGCCAACCCCGCUGCAAGAGGUUGGUUCACGAUGAGCAAAAUGAAACAAACAAUGAACAGCAUGAAGCUAAUUCAAAGAUAAAAUGUGUAUGAGCACUUAGUCGGAGCGGAGCGGUUUAUAUGAAAUUAUUGGAUUAGCAGCUGUCAUUGUUCUGCACUUUAAGGGCAGGUGAGAGGAAGAAUAUGCCCCAGUGUUUGAACGUUCAUAACAAAAGAAACAUGGUCAGGUAAACUCGCUGUCAUUCUUACGCAACAAACCGUCUUUCCUCCCUGUGUAAACAACACCCUUAUGGUGGAAAGAAAACAUUCAAAUGCAAUGUGUGUAUGAAGUGAAGUAAACAUUCAGUCACUUAGUGUGCAGCAUAAUCCAAAAGUAUGAAUUAAAGAAGAAAAUCGUGUGUUAAAUUAUUUCCACUCAUAAUUUAUUUUCACUUCUUCAAAAGACCUCAUACUUGAUAUUUAUGAACUGGUUGCUGAGUUUUUAGUGGUUUUAGUUGACAUUUUCCUGAAUUUCAAAUUCUGUGCUAUAUGGUAUUUAUGGUAACCAUUUUUUAUAAUUUAUCACCGUGUUACAAAUAAGAUGUCAAAGGAUUUCAAGGAUGGGACAUGAUUAUGAGGAUACUCCUUUUAAUCUGUCAUCCUUACACGUAGUCAGUCUGAAGUGUUGCUGGAUUAAAAAUGCAUCUCAGUGUCACUUUUUUUUAAAUGUAUGUUUUUACUGUUGAAAUAAAAAGAGGGAAUUUUGAAA